UAUGAGUGCACCACUUUCCUCUGUUCCUUCCUUGGUCCUUACACACAUACAUUUAGGCCUAUAUAAAUAUCACUCCUCACUUCUCUGCCAUAAUCAUCCCUUCAACAUAUUUCAUAGCCACUAACAACUAUUACCAACAUACAAUUCAAAUUUACUCAAUAUGGCAUUUAUUCAUUCUUCAACAAUCACUGUCCUAUAUGUAUUUGCAUCUUUCAUGACAGCAUAUGCAGCAGGUAACUUCUACCAGAACUUUGAUAUUACUUGGGGUGAUGGUCGUGCCAAAAUAGUCGACAAUGGCCAACUUCUUACUCUUUCCCUUGACAAAGCCUCUGGUUCUGGAUUCCAAUCCAAGAACGAAUAUCUAUUCGGCAACAUUGAUAUGCAGCUUAAGCUUGUACCGGGAAACUCUGCGGGCACCGUCACUGCUUACUAUUUGUCAUCAAAAGGAUCAAAUUGGGACGAGAUUGAUUUUGAAUUCUUGGGGAAUGUAAGCGGAGAACCAUACAUUCUACACACCAAUGUGUUUAGUCAAGGAAAAGGAAAUAGAGAGCAACAAUUCUAUCUUUGGUUUGAUCCAACUGCUGAUUUCCACACCUAUUCCAUUCUAUGGAAUCCUCAGCGCAUUAUUUUCUCAGUGGAUGGAACACCUAUAAGAGAAUUCAAGAACAUGGAAUCAAAAGGAGUUGCAUUUCCAAAGAAUCAGCCAAUGAGGAUAUACUCAAGUCUAUGGAAUGCUGAUGAUUGGGCAACAAGAGGUGGUAUUGUCAAGACUGAUUGGACAAAUGCUCCAUUCACAGCAUCAUAUAGAAACUUUAAUGCAGAUGCUUCUUCAUCCAAUGCAUGGUACUCUCAACAGUUGGAUUCAACAAGUCAACAGAGAUUGAGUUGGGUGCAAAAGAAUUACAUGAUUUACAAUUAUUGCAAUGACUCCAAAAGAUUUCCGCAGGGCCUUCCAACAGAAUGCACUGCAUCUUAAUUAAUCUUUCUUUAUUCCUAUCGAAACAAUAUACAUGUAGAUGUUUUCUUUUUCUUCUUUCAUAGGCCUAUUCUAUUGGUUUUACUUGUAAUGUGCUUCAUGUUAAUUCAUUUAUUCUUUGAUACAAUACAAUAAAUAAAGAUUCAGUUUUAUUUU